AUGACCUCAGCUUACUUCGGCGUUGGUGGCGGUUCGAAUCCCGGAGCCGCCUCGGCCUACUUCGGUGUCGGUGGCGGUGGCGCCAAGCCCAUGGGCGGCGGAGGUGGCGGAGGCGGUGGCGGCAGCGUUCCAGCCGGAACCUCGGCUUACUUCGGUGUUGGAGCUGGUGGCGGUGGCGGUGGCGCGACCUCGGCGUACUUCUCGGUUGGCGGCGGCGGUGGUGGCGGCGCGGCUGCGGCUCCUCCUCCCCCGAUGGCCCCGAUGGGAGGCGGCGGAGGUGGCGGUACUUCGACGAUGACUGCCAUUGGUCAAGCCCCUGGUGGUGGCGGCGCUGGACGCUCGACCAUGACGGCCGUCGGUGGAAUGCCCGGAGGUGGCGGCGGUGGCCAAUCUACGAUGACUGCUGUUGGCGGCAUGCCCGGAGCCCCGGCUGGCGGAUCCUCGACGAUGACAGCUGUCGGAGGAAUGCCGAUGGGCGGCGGUGGCGGCCAAUCGACCAUGACGGCCAUUGGAGGAAUGCCUGGAGGAGGCGGUGCUGGCCGCUCGACGAUGACGGCCGUUGGAGGCAUGCCUGGCGCCCCGGCCGGCGGAUCUUCCACCAUGACCGCCGUCGGAGGAAUGCCGAUGGGAGGAGGCGGUGGCCAGUCGACGAUGACUGCCGUCGGAGGCAUGCCCGGCGCCCCGGCUGGCGGAUCUUCUACCAUGACCGCUGUCGGAGGGAUGCCGAUGGGAGGCGGAGGCGGCCAAUCGACGAUGACGGCUGUCGGUGGAAUGCCCGGAGGCGGUGGCGGUGGCCAGUCGACGAUGACGGCCGUUGGAGGAAUGCCUGGAGGCGGUGGCGGCGGCGCGUCGACCAUGACUGCUAUCGGAGGAAUGCCCGGAGGCGGUGGUGCCGGCCGUUCGACGAUGACAGCUGUCGGCGGCAUGCCUGGAGCCCCGGCUGGCGGCACUUCGACCAUGACUGCCGUCGGCGGCAUGCCCGGCGCCCCUGCUGGCGGCACCUCGACGAUGACCGCUGUGGGAGGAAUGCCCGGCGCCCCGGCCGGUGGUGGCGGCGCUUCGACGAUGACGGCCGUUGGCGGUGCUGGCGGCGGACUUCCGGCCCCUGCGAUGGGAGGAGGAGCCCCGAUGGGUGGAGGCGGUUUUGCCCCGACGGCCCCUGGCGGCGGCGGCGCGACCUCGGCUUACUUCGGUGUCGGCGGCGGCGGCGGUGGCGGCGCUACGUCUGCUUACUUCGGCGUUGGCGGCGGUGGCGGCGGCGGCUCGAAGCCGAUGGGCGGCGGCGGCGGCGGUGGAGGCGGUGUUCCGGCCGGCACUUCUGCCUACUUCGGCGUCGGUGGUGGUGGCGCGGCUGCUGGUGGCACGUCUGCCUACUUCGCCCCGAAA